AUGUCGGCAAUGUGCGUUGCGGUGCUGGCGUUUGUUGCGUGUGUCUCGUCGUGGUCGUUGGGGGCACCACUGGAGUCACUAAAUGACGGUCUGUCGUCUUCUCCAGUGUUUGAGAAGACGCGGGCGAGUCUGCCGCUCCCACUCGAAUCCCUCGGGACAUGGUCUCUGGCGCCCCAAACUGCACCAAUACACCUCAAUGUGAAUAAGGCACAACUCAAGGAUUGUAUUGCAAAAUAUAAUAUCAACAUCAAUACCACCGGUAACGCCACCAACGAAACCACUAUGAGUCGCAAUUAUUGUGCCGGGGCGUCUGAAGGCCUCUUGUGGAAACCACUUGGUCUUGACAGCAAUGUGACGGCAGGUGAUCCGGCACACGGCAUUUUGGUUGCCUCCAUAGAGGUUCUAGAAGACUAUGAGGGAAUUGCGUUACACCUGCUUCUUCACAGCAACCGUAACGCGCGGUCAACUUUUGUUGCACUGUACUUCUGUGGUGAAUCUUUGAGGCUGAGAACGGGUAUGCCGUGGCGGGCAUUCGGCACGUCGGAAGUGAGGCCCUCGCUUUUGAAGCAGUUGAUAUACCCCAACGGGACAGCAGACGAACUGCUGACCGUCGAUCGUUAUUUGUAUCAAGCAAUCAACGGGGAUGAGGCUCUCGAACUGUUCUCUGCAGCGUAUCGUACACGUGCUGCCCUCAAGGGAAACCCUCCCUCUUUCAGUGGGCUCCAUUCUGCUCUAGCUAGUGGAGAUGCAGCGACCACAUCUGGAUUAGACUUUCAACAUGUAUUUGACGGGUCAUGUUUGUGGUUACUUGACGUUGAAGUGAAGUCAGCCUCUUUGGCUGGACGCAUGGCAUCAACCUGUGGGGACAAGGUUUACUUCGUAUCGAGUGGAAAUCAUUUCGCCUACCUGAUUAACAGAAUCAACGCAAUGUCAAUUUUUCUUCUGUUUGUACAGGCGCUUCCAUUUCUGUAUGGGAUCGGCAAUCAAAUACAUUGGAUAUGCAUCUCACGGAGGCAUUUGCUCCGUAUGUGUGCGGUGCAGCUACGCGUGCUUCUCGUGUGGUCAUCCUAUAAUUUCCACACAGUCACUGUCAUGCUUAUGCUGUCACCCUUCAAACAGAAGGCAACUUCAAUUUUUCUCUUCGCAAUGCUCAUGAUCCACGUGUUGCUGGCGAUGCUUUACCUGCUUCUGCAGGGGGGAUACAAUAUUGCCACGACACUUGAUGAACACAUAACUGCCCAGAUGCUUAAGAAUCUUCUGUGGGUGUGCCUCUGCACGUGGGCAGGUGGAUUUGUUGGGCUUCAGAUGGGGGAGAGUGUGCUUCAUCCUGUGGUGGUUAUCGUUGCUUCCCUUUUGUUUUGGGUGCCACAGUUGCUGCACUCUUUUGCCGAGGUUAACGGGUGUCUGGGCUUUACAGCCCCAUUUCUUUUCACGGCGGCGCUGCAGCCUAUCGUCCCGAUGAUCGUUGCUUCCUUUGUGCAAAUCGAACCAUGGAUAAUUGUGCCGCGUAGUCAAUCAGGGCUGCUUGCUGGGGCAACACUUGUUGCUCUCGAGACGGGUGUGCUUUUUCUGUUUCUGGUGACGAAAGGGAAAUACAUUUUACCGGGUUGGAUGACACCCUGCCGGUAUAACUACCGUGUAUCAUGCAAUGUUCUGAGCGAGGUGGCAGAAGGGAUAUGCGCCAUCUGCCGCGAGUCGCUUGCUGACUUGCAGGAGGUCGGCGAUGAGUUGUGGCGCGCUCCGUGCGGUCACAUCUAUCACGCUUCGUGUUUGCGCCACUGGAUGCGGGAGCGCAUGGUGUGCCCCCUCUGCCGAGUGCCUCUCCCUGAGUACUAA